AUGGCAGCUCGUGUGGCCGCGGUGCUGCUGCUGCUGCUCGGACUCGUCAGUUCUGGACUCUCCUCCUCCGGGUCCGGUCCAAACUCAGAGCGCGGUAGGAUGGAGCUGCGGCGCGUGCAGAGCCUUGCCUCUCAGCCCAGGUACGGAGAGUGCUGGGCGCGAGCUCUGGAGCACCUGGACACGCGCUGCAAAGACAUGACGUCAGAGAGCCAAAGCCGGAUAGCGCUGAGGUUCACCCACUGUCACCUGAGCAGCUCAGGUAGGGAUUUCCCAUCAUGCCCUGAGGGUUCAGAGGUCAGCAGGUGUACAGGUGGGAUGGACGUUGUGGCCUUUAACACCUACACAGAGUUCUUCACUCACACUCACUCCAUCUGUCACUUCCUGCAAUCUGAAGUCUGGCAGAGCCGAGCUGAAAACGCCAUGUACAGGUUAACAGAGAGUUCAGCAGGUGUAGCUGAGCAGCUUCAGUCCACCAGGCAGAUUACUGAGGACCUUAUUGAGGCCCAGAGUGCUGCUUUACAGGCGCAGCAGGAGAUCCUACACAACGGAGAGGAGCUGAGAGUCACCCUGAAAGACUCUACACAGGGUCUGAGGGUGGUCUUCUCGGAGCUCAGCAGUGUGUCCAGGGAGCAGCAGGUGGCGCUGUCUGAGCUCUUUAACAGAGUUUCCUUCCUGCAGAGCUUUCUGCUGAUGGAGGCUCACAGUCUGAGCUCCUGCUGCUACAACGCUGCCGCUCUCUGCACCUCCUUCCUCCUCACCUCCACCCAGCGCUCCUCCAGAGCCAGGUUGGUGUUGUUGGGGUUGGUAUGUUUAAAUUUCUACCUGGAGAGGAAGAUCUACCAGUUUGUGAUGAACUGUGAUCAUCCUGAACACAGACACAUGGAGUUGAUCAGUGUGUAUGUAAGUGUGCUGCGGCGGCUCAUGGUGUGUGUUGGAGUGUGUGUCCUGCUGUGUGUGUGUGUUCGGUACAAAGACCCGGUCCAGCAGAGUCUGCAGGUGCUGCAGCAGCUCAGAGAGACGCAGCGCGGCUUGCAGGAGGUGCUGCAGCACGCAGACAGUUUAGGGCAGAGACAGAAGAAGAAGACGGAGGAGGAUCAGGUUCAGGUUAGACCUGCAGAGAACAGUUCAGAUCCACGUCACAGAGGUGAAGAGACGACAUCAUCCUCAGCCUCCGUCUUCCAGAGGAGAACAGAGAGGAGAAGAAGAGAGGAGGCGCUGAGGAGGAGACACAAGGAAGAAAGAGAAGAGGAGUGCUGCUCAGACCUGUCUCACCUCUCACACACUGGUGCUGACAGUAUCCUGCUGCCGUACACUACCCACAAUGCCUCAGUGAGUCCAGUCAGGCGUCCUCGUCACUCCUCCUCCUCCCCUCUGGUCCACAGCAUCCUGGUGGAGGACAGACAGCGUCGUUACAGCCUGAGGAGCAGGAAGUCAGAGACUCACUGACUGUCACAAUUACAAUGUCCUGGAGUGUCACUCAGUGUUUUAAACAGUUUGAUAUCAAUAAAGCAGAAUUUUAAACAGA